GUCGUGUUCUCCGUGGACUUGUUCAACGUUUACUACGUAGCGAUCUGCAUGCAGACGGCGAAAUCUCUACUCACCACGUUGAUUAUCAUCGCAGCCGACAGUUUCCACGUGGUCGUGGCUUUGCGAGGAAUUUACCGUCGCGCGGGGCUGCUUCAAGUGAAA